ACCAACUCGUCUUUUGCUCUUCACCACCAUCAUGGCCCGUCGUCUCUAUCUCGGCAGACUGCCUCCCGACACCCGCGCCGACGACGUCUCCAAGUUCUUCGAUGGAUAUGGCCGCAUCGUCGACUGCCGCGUCAUGACCGGCUUUGGCUUCGUCGAGUUCGAGAGCUCCCGCGACGCCGAGGAGGCUGUCCACCACUUCAACGGCAAGCCCUUCAUGGGUGCCAACAUCGUCGUUGAAUUCGCAAAGGAGACUCGCCCCCGCAGGGAUGUCUACGAGGCUGAGCGUGCCCCUCGCACAAGGCGUCCGCCUGGUUAUCGCCUCGUCGUCUCGGGCAUAUCCCGGGACACCAGCUGGCAGGACCUUAAGGACUUUGGCCGCGAAGCUGGUAGCGUAUCUUAUGCCGACAUCGAUCGUGAUGCUCCUGGCGAAGGAAUUUUGGAAUACCUGUCUCGCGAGGACUCUGAGCGCGCUGUCAAGGAACUCGACGGCAAGGAUCUCCGCGGCCAGCCCGUUCGUGUCGCCAUGGACGCCGACCGCGGCGGCGUUGACAACUAUCGUCGUGACAACCGCCGCGAUGAUCGUCGUGAUGACCGCUACAGCCGCGACGACCGUUAUGGAAGAGACGACCGUUAUAGCCGUGACGACCGCCACAGGGAUGACCGACGCGACGCCCGUCGGGAUCGUUCCCGAUCACCUACCCGCCGCGAUUUCGACGAUCGUCGCCCCCCCAGGUCUCCCCCUCCCCGGAGGGACAUUGAUGAUAAGAGGCCUGCAGGGUACGAUGACCGGCGGAGUGGCUAUGAUGACCGUCGAGGCCCUGACCCUUAUUAUGACCGUCGCAGGGACGAAAAAAGACGCGACGAGAAGGAUGAACGAUUCGAAGAUCGCCCGCCGAGGCACGCCAAUGGGGAUAGCGGAUGGGCGCGUUAGGACGCGGGUCGCGGGUCAGGAUGAAUAUCGUUCCUAUAGGACUGGUCGAAGGAAGAAAGGAGGCCAUGGGUCCGUGGCGUACAUGCGUCUAUCCUGGAUAG